AUGUCUUCAUCUGCACUACACACCAGCUCAAAGGCUGCAAAUCUAGCUAAGUUAGAUGCUUCAAAAUUGAAAGUUACCAAAAACCCAAAUCCUAAAACUCCUUUACCAAAUGAUAAAUUAGUAUUUGGUCAAACUUUUACUGAUCAUAUGUUGACAGUUAAAUGGAAUAAUGAAAAAGGUUGGGAUGCUCCAGAAAUUGUUCCUUAUGGACCUUUCCAAAUGGACCCUUCUUCAUGUGUUUUCCAUUAUGCUUUUGAAUUAUUUGAAGGUUUAAAAGCUUAUAGAGAUUCAAAUGACCAAAUUAGAAUGUUUAGACCUGAUAAGAAUAUGGUUAGAAUGAAUAAAUCUGCUGAUAGAAUUGUCUUACCAACUUUUGACUCGGAAGAAUUGAUUAAAGCUAUUGGAGAAUUGAUUAAAAUAGAUAAACAUUUAGUUCCAAAGGAUAAAGGUUAUUCAUUAUAUAUCAGACCUACUUUAAUCGGUACCACUGCAGGUUUAGGUGUUGGUAUUCCAUCAGAUGCUCUAUUAUUCGUCAUUACUUCACCAGUGGGGCCUUAUUAUUCUACUGGGUUCAAAGCUGUUAAAUUGGAAGCUACUGAUUAUGCUGUUAGAGCAUGGCCAGGUGGUGUCGGUGAUAAGAAAUUGGGGGCUAAUUAUGCCCCAUGUAUUAAACCACAAUUAGAGGCUGCUUCAAGAGGUUAUCAACAAAAUCUAUGGCUAUUUGGUGAAGAGAAAUAUGUUACUGAAGUUGGUACCAUGAAUGUUUUCUUUGUUUUCAAAGAUUCCACCACUGGUAAAAAAGAAUUGGUCACUGCUCCAUUAGAUGGUACUAUUUUGGAAGGUGUCACUAGAGAUUCCAUUUUGGAAUUGGCUAGAGAAAGAUUAGAUCCAAAUGAAUGGGCUGUUUCUGAACGUUAUUAUUCUAUUUAUGAAAUUAGAGAUAGAGCUGCUAAAGGUGAAUUGGUGGAGGCUUUCGGUUCAGGUACCGCAGCUGUUGUUUCUCCAAUCAAGGCCAUCGGGUUCGAAGGUGAAGAUAUCCAAGUUCCAUUAUUGCCAGGUGAACAAUUUGGUCAAUUGACUAAUGAUGUUGCUCAAUGGAUUGCAAAGAUUCAAUAUGGUGAUGAGGAAUACAAGAACUGGAGUCGUGUUGUUGCUGAUUUGUCAUGA